AUGGGAGAAAUCGAUCCAGCAUUCAUUCAAGAAACAGAAUACAGGCCCAAAUUCAAAACAACAGAAGCUGAUGAAGAAAUCCCAGUUAUUGAUCUGUCUGUUUCAAGCCCCACCGACACACAGGAAGUGGUGUCAAAGAUUGGAGAAGCAUGCAAGAAGUGGGGAUUUUUUCAAGUGAUCAAUCAUGGUGUACCAAUGGAACUAAGGCAAAAGAUGGAGAAGGUAGCAAAAGAAUUCUUCGAUCAACCGAUAGAGGAAAGAAGGAAGGUAAAGAGGGAUGAGGUGAAUCCUAUGGGGUAUCAUGAGAGCGAGCAUACCAAAAACGUUAGAGACUGGAAGGAAGUUUUUGACUUCUUGGCGUUGGAUCCAACUUUUAUUCCUGCAUCUGAUGAUCCUGAUGAUAAAGAGCUAAGGGUUUUGACUAAUCAAUGGCCUGACAACCCUCCUGAAUUCAGGGAGGUGUGUCAAGAAUAUAACAGGCAAGUGGAGAAGUUAGCCUUCAAGUUGUUGGAACUUAUUUCUUUGAGCUUAGGCUUGCCUGCUGAUAGGUUGAGUGGUUACUUCAAAGACCAGAUCAGCUUUGCUAGGUUCAAUCACUACCCUCCUUGUCCUGCACCGCACCUAGCUCUUGGCGUGGGUAGACACAAGGAUGGUGGUGCCUUGACGGUUCUAUCCCAAGAUGAUGUUGGAGGGCUACAGAUAGGCCGCAGAUCAGAUGGAGAAUGGAUUCCUGUUAAACCAAUUCCAGAUGCCUUUAUCAUCAAUAUUGGCAAUUGUAUGCAGGUUUGGAGCAAUGAUUUGUAUUGGAGUGCAGAGCAUAGAGUGGUGGUGAAUUCUAAGAGGGAAAGGUUUUCUGUACCAUUUUUCUUUUUCCCUUCCCACUAUGUGGAAAUUAAGCCGCUGGAUGAGCUAAUUAAUGAGCAAAACCCUGCCAAAUACAAGGAAUUCAACUGGGGGAAAUUCUUUGCUAGUAGAAACCGUAGUGAUUAUAAAAAACGGGAAGCGGAAAACGUCCAAAUCGAUCAUUUUAAGGCAUCCGAGUGA